GCUCCGACGGCGCGGGCGUACCCGGGGCGGGCAGAGCCAGGGGAGGGAAAAGGGCUUUGGAGCAGCUGGGUGCAAAGGCGAGCGGAUGCCGGAGGAGCGGCGGUGCUGGUGGCCGCUGCACCGCCCCGGCGCUCGCGUCCUUCCCGGCUGCGGCGGGUGAUUCAUAGCCCUCACCUGGCUCGUCCCCAUCUUGCCCUGCAGGAAAUGAGUCAGGUUUUAAGGAAGAUGUGCUACGAUGGUGGGGCAAGAGCCCUUCCUGCAUAGGUAGCAGCACAACGCCGACCGCGGGAGGCAGGGCAGGACACGGGGCUCGUGCGCGUUUCUAAGAGAUGGACACCUUUAGCACCAAGAGCUUGGCCCUGCAGGCCCAGAAGAAGCUCUUGAGCAAAAUGGCUUCCAAGACCAUGGUCAAUGUCUUCAUUGAUGACACAAGCAGUGAAAUCUUGGACGAGCUCUACCGGGCCACCAAGGAGUACACCCGCAACCGCAAAGAGGCCCAGAAGAUCAUCAAAAACCUCAUCAAGAUCGUCAUGAAGCUGGGCGUGCUGUACCGCAACGGGCAGUUCAGCCCUGAGGAGCUGCUGCUGAUGGAGCGCUUCCGCAAGAAGGUGCACACCUUGGCCAUGACGGCGGUGAGCUUCCACCAAAUAGACUUCACCUUCGACCGCAGGGUCAUGUCGAGUGUGCUCACAGAGUGUCGGGACCUGCUGCACCAGGCUGUCAACACCCAUCUGACUGCCAAAUCCCACUCCCGCAUCAACCACGUCUUCAACCACUUUGCGGACUACGAGUUCCUCUCAGCCCUCUACGGGCCAGCUGAGCCCUACCGCAGUCACCUGAAGAGGAUCUGCGAGGGGGUGAACAAGAUGCUGGAGGAGGACAGCAUAUGAAGCAGCUGAGAUGGGGCAUUGCAGGGCCUGCUAGCUGCUGUAUCCUGUUGCCUGUGAGACCGAGGAUGGGACGCAGGCCUCUUUCGGCGCUCACUAGGCUUUUCAUCCUCAUCUCUGUAGUGAAAACUCUCGUUUCCUCCUCCUUUAUAUAAGGACUGAACUACUUUACCUUGUCUAACUCUUGCCCAGAGUCUACAACCUGCUCUGAGCUGGGCUGAAUCCUUUGCAGACUAUCCUGGGCUCCUGUCCAUACCGGGCUCCUGCUGUAUAUAUUUUUUUUCCUUUGCCCACGAAGUGCUCCUAACUCAGAGUCCAAGGAACAGGCCAGAAUUGGACUCACUGUGGUGAACUCUAUUUUAAUCCUAUGGAAAAAAAAAACAAACCAAAGAAUCCCGGUGUGUAUCACCUGCAAGGUGAAGCUGAGCAGGCAGGAUUUCUCGGUGGAGCGGUCAUGAUAUCCUUCCUCCGGAGGGCUCAAGGAUGGCAAAGCCAUGUAGUUGCAUUUCAGUGGGUUUCCAGCAGCUCCACGACAUGGUGAGAGCAAACAGCGCUCCAGGCUUGUGCUGCCCAAGAUGGGAAGGUGCCAGGCUGGGAUGGGCUUUGGCCUCCUACAAGGCAAGUCCUUGUGACCAGAGGAUCCCCUCUUGCUUGGGUGAGUCCCCUGGGCUGGACAGGCUGCCCAGAUGGAGGGAGGUGACAUGACCUGCUCCUUUUUUACAUCCCUAAUGCGUCUGGUUGUCCAAGACCACCUGGACUCCCCCUGCCAGCCUCCUGCAGACGGUAUCACUGUGACGGCUUAGAUAUGCUCCUUGGGAGCUGUCCGAAGCUUUCUCUAGUAUUUCAUGUGUUUUACAUGUCCUAGACUGAACUAUGAUUGUUGUUUUUUAGCAAAAUCUGUAGCCCUGAUGAGUUAUUUAAAUAAACUCACCUGUUUGGCUUGG